AUAUAUCCAAUCAAACCCUUCCCCUUCUGCAAAACCCCUCAAAACCCUUUCACAACCCUUUCACUUUUCUUUCUCUCUCAGGUACAUCGCCGUCUAGUGGCGGCAUCACAUCUCUGAUCAAUCGGACCGAACCUAAACCUCUUUCAAAUGGAGUCCACCGACGCUUCUGAUGGUCCCGUCAUCAACUUCGUUAACAAGCGAAUCCGAGGUCUGCGAAAGAAGCUCAACCGCAUCCUCCAAAUCGAGGAAUCCAUAGAUCAAGGGAAACCCAUCAACCGAGAGCAAGAAGAGCUCAUCCGUUCCAAACCCUCCAUCACAGCUUCAAUCGACGAGCUCGAGAAACUUCGACAGCCUCUAUCCGCCGCUGUUGCUGAAGAAGUUGCUCUUGCUAUCAAGCGCCAUCAGGUUUCUUCUCUCGAUACCGAUCCAAUAGAUGCUAAGGAAAAAGACAAAGAACAUGAAGAGAAAACUGCGGAGUCUCAGCAGAAGGAUAGAGAAAACCUCACGCUGGAGGAUAUUCUUAAUCUGCUCUAUUUUGGUGCAAUGUUUGAUGUCAAAAGUCAGAACGAUUUCACUUCCAUGAUGUUCACUCAGAUGCAUGAGAGAGGUAGCUGUCUGACCUAUGACUACGUUACUGACGAUGAAUCUGCUGAUCUGCUUGUCGAGAAAGAUUUGGACUUGAUUUCCAAAUUGAGUGGUUUGUUGAUAUCAAGACCUGUAGACUCAAGUCUCUCCCACAAGAACGCUUUGCAGCAUUGCGUAGAGCACGCCAAACUCUGGCUUGCUAACUCCGAUCAGCCGAUCGAUUCUUUUCCAAGCAUCACUUAUGCUGGAUUGAGAGCUAAGUUGAACAAGAUUAUGGCAUCGGACUACUUCACCACUACCCCAAAGAUGAAACCAACUGCUGAGAUGGCUGCUGAUGCAGCUGCCAAUUUUGGGUCGUAUCAGGUUGCUGUACCAGUCCAAGUGGGAAUUCAGGAUCAAGAUGGUGUUGCUCCAAAUGUUCAAGGUCAAGGAAAUCAAGCAUACGGUGAUGAAUCAGGCAUAACUGAAGAAUCUCAAAAGGUGGAGGUGAAAGAAGUGAGAUUACAAACAGAAGUAGAAGGGAAAAAUGAGGGAGAAUCAAAUGAGGAGGAGCAGCAGCAACAGUAUGGCAAUAGGAGAGGCCACUAUAACCAGAACCAAAGAGGUGGUCGAGUUGGUGGGGUGCGUAGGGGUGGUGGUGGCUAUGGACGUGGAAGUGGUAGAGGAGGAGGAGGCGGUCCUUACCAGAAUGGUGGUCGAAGCCAAUUCUACGAUCAGCCAGGAAACAACAACUACUACCCAAGAAACCACUACAAUAACAACAAUAAUAAUAGUAGGCCAAGAGGUGGAGGAGGAAGAACAUCAUACAAUAAUAAUAACCAUGGAGCAGGAAAUCAAACCAGGUAUGUGCAAGAAGAAGCAUGAUAUGACAGACUGUUUUAAUUUAGCAUUAGCAUUUUCUUCUUCUUCUUCUUCUUACUCCUGCUGCUGCUACUUCUAGUUUUUUUUUUAAUUUAAUUUUGAAUUGGAUGGUGGUGAAUGUUUCUUCUUUUUGAUUGAGGUUUAGAUUGAAUUGGAUUUUGGAAUAGCAAGACCACAACCCAAACUCUCAUCUUCUUUGGCAACUUAAGCCACUAAAUGAACAUUGUUUCAACAAUUAAUUAUUGGUCUAUGGGAUUUUAGUUUA